AUUGACUCAAAAUACAAGAGUGCCCUAGAAAAUUUCAGAGCCUCUUUCUCUGUCUCUCGCCGUUUCCCCAAAUUUUCUUCUGCUAAUCAGCCGCUGCUCCUCUCAUCUAACCCUUGCUUUUGUUCCUCUCAGCUUUGAAUACUUUGUUACCGGAUGGAUAGGGUUUGCAUCUAUAUUGCUUACAAUGGAAAAUGGACUACAGAUAACAAGUAUUUGUAUCAUGAGAUCAAAUUAAUUCUUGUGAAUGAUGGAAUAACGUUUGAAGAUCUUGUCGAAAAGAUUUUUCAGGUCCUAAAACUGAAAAGGGGUGAGGUUCAACCAACUAUUUGGUUUGACACGAAUCUAGAAACAAGCAAAGGGAUGCUAGUGACAAACGACGAGGAAGUUACUACUUGCAUCUACUUGCUGAAAAAUGAUCCAAAUUUCAAGACUUCCCGUUUCAUUGUUGAUAUGGCGGAAAGGAACUCUUUGUCAGCAAGGUAUUCAAAAACCGAAGAAGUCAAUAUUGUACAACACGAGGAAAUGCAGAUUGACAGAGAUGAGGCAUUGAUACCGGUUGAGCCAAUAACGGAGUUUGAAUCUCUGGAAACAAAAGAAAAAUCUGUGGACACGGCACAAUCAACGCAUGGUAUGAAACUAAGAAAAAGGUCCCUACCCAGAAAAGUAAUAAAAAAAAGAAAAAGGUCGAGGAGUAAAAGAAAUGAUUGGCCAACAGUGGUUUUGGGAGGAAAUGCUUCAUUGGAUGAAAUAGCUGUGGGAUCGCUGUUUGAGAACAAAGAAAGUUUGAAGAAAUGUUUCACAAAUAGUGCAAUUCAAUACCACUUCAAAUUCAAGACCGUCAGAUCGACCAAAAAAAGGUAUUAUCUGAAGUGUUAUGAUGACAAUUGCAGUUGGUAUUUGCAUGCUUCACGGGUCCGUGAUUCUGCAUUAUUCAAGAUUUCGAAGUAUGUAGAAGACCAUAGUUGCUCUGCUGAUGUGCUUCAGCCUGACCAACAACGGCACGCAACAUCCAGGGUCAUAUCCGAUUAUAUCCGUGAGCUUCUACCUGAAUAUGAAACAGAGAUGACACCAAAUUUUGUGAAGGAAGAAAUGAGAAAGAGAUUUGGGCUGAACAUUAGUUACCACAAAGCAUGGCGAUCAAUACAAUUAGCUUUUGGUGUGACAAAAGGAAGUCCAGAACAGAACAAUGAAUUGCUUCCCUCUGAAUCCGAACAGAACAAUGAAUUGCUUGUAUCUGAACCAUACAAGGAAUUGCUUCCCUCUGAACCAGAACAGAACAAUGAGUUGCUUAUGCCUGAACCACAACAGAAGAAUGACUUGCUUCCGUCUGAACCGGAACAGAACAACGACUUGCUUAUGUCUGAACCAGAACGCAACAAUGAAUUGCUUCCGUCUGAACCAGAACAGAACAGUGAAUUGCUUAUGUCUGAACCAGAACAGAAAAUUGAGUUGCUUCCGUCUGAACUAGAACAGGAGAAUGACUUGCUGAUGUCUGAACCAGAACAGAACAAUGAAUUGCUUGUGUCUAUACCAGAACAGAACAAUGCAUUGCUUCCAUCUGAACUAGAACAGAACAAUGCAUUGCUUCCAUCUGAACCAGAACAGAACAAUGAAUUGCUUCCGUCUGAACCAUUACGGAACAAUGAAUUGAUUCCAUCUGAAGAAAGAAACCCAGGAAGGGAUGAUCAGGCCGUUUUAGCAUAGGCUAAGUGUAGAGCGCCAUGUAUUGUUCUCCAAACCUGGACAACUGAGAGAUGCUAUUGGUCUUCAUGCCAGGGACUCUAAAAAUUUAUAUCGUAGUUAUUCUGGCACGGUACUCUAGAUUUAACUGAUGUACAAAGGAAGUCUGGUCAGUUUCAGUUUCUUAGGUUUAUUAUGUUUCCUUCUUAAUAUUUGUAGUUUGACAGAAUAUGUUUCUGGCACAUGCUUUCUCCUUCCCUUGCUUUAGAUGUAGAUAUUAUUUUGGCGUUUUUUCUAUUUUUUUUCGAGACCAAUGUUAGUAGUAUUAUUUAUGCUAUGAUCUUUGUUGUCCUUAA